AUGCAGAUUGAAGAUUAUCUCUACGGAAAGAAGCUUCAUGUUCCUUUGAGUGAGAAGACAGAAAAGAUAGAUGAAUUUUAAUGGAAAAUCCUUGAUAGAUAGGUUUUGGGAGUUGUUAGAUUGACGCUAAUCAAAACUGUUGCUCACAACGUAGCAAAGGAGAAGACCACCAUGGGUCUGAUGAAAGUUCUCUCUGAUAUGUAUGAGAAACCAUCUACCAACAACAAGAUAAUUGAUUUUGGGGACGAAGUUAGUGCCCUGAUUUUGUCAGCAUCUGUACCAAAUAGCUGGGAACCUAUGAGGCUUGAUGAAGAAGGUCCUCUUGAAUUCAGAAUUCCUGAAGAAGUCUCGAACAAUAAAAAGAUUUACAAGUAUGUAAGAUUCGGGGAUCCAAAUCCUAACACGUAA